GAUUUGAGAGGUCAAGCUGGGAAAUAUUAAAUGAAAUCAAGACAGAAAGAGUGGAGUUGAAUGAGAAAAGACAAAUAGAAUGGAUAAUGAAAGGGCCAAAAAAGGUGGAACUUAAAAAGGUUAGCAGAGAGAAAAAGAACAACAUUCCCGAUGCUGAUACUGCAAAAUGUUUAAAGAUAUCAAAUUUAUUACUAAUCAAAAUUAACGUGGAUGAUGCCAGAGCCACGCACAAUCAUGCUGGCUAGCUGUAGCAGUGAUAAGAGAGUCUGUCGACACCAAAUGAAGAGGAGGAAAGAGGAAGGAGGACAGACAAGCUGGCAAGAAGAGGCCACUGCAGAGGACCUCCAUGAGGACUUCCCAGCAGGGGAAAUGUGCAAGAGAGUAGAUUGAGACAGCGUGGAAACACACUCCUGCAGUGUGUGUGCGUGUCUACAUGCCACGAGGGGCUGGUACGAUGCAUCAAGGGGGUGGGGAUCUCUGACAAUCUGAAUGAGAAACACACCUCCAGUUUGUGCAUAACCAUCGCUAAGAAGGGCUUAUGUGCUCCUCGCCGCUUGAUUUCCGACUCUGGGUGCUCAGUGUUGUCGUCGGAGUAGAGUGUGUUUCUGCAGCUGCACUGCAUCACCAUGGGUGUGAUCGGUGUGCAACUGGUGGUUACCAUGGUAAUGGCCAGUGUAAUUCAGAAAAUCAUACCUCAUUAUUCCUUCGCAAGAUGGCUACUGUGCAGUGGCAGUCUGCGGUGGUAUCAGCACCCUACGGAAGAUGAGUUGAGGAGCUUAGCUGGGAAACAAAAAGGACAGAAGAAGAAAGACAGGAAGUACAACGGUCACAUAGACAAUAAGCCGCUAACGGUUCCCAAGGACAUAGAUUUACAGCUGGAGACAAAAUACAUCGCAGAAGUCGACACAUUAGCAUUGCACUACUUCCCAGAGUUCCAGUGGCUGGUGGAUUUCACAGUAGCGGCAACUGUGGUCUAUCUGAUAACAGAACUCUACUACAGUGUGGCUCAGCCCUCGGGAGAGAUGAACAUCAGCGUGGUCUGGAGCCUGCUAGUACUCGCAUUUGUUCUUAAGACCCUUUUCUCUCUAACGGCCCACUACUUCAAGCUGGAGGAAGGAGGGGAGCGUUCACUCUGCAUCACUUUUGCUUUCUUCUUUUUUGUCAAAGCCAUGGCCAUUCUCAUUGUCACUGAAAACUACCUGGAGUUUGGUCUGGAGACAGGUUUUGCAAACUUCUCUGACAGUGCUCUACAGUUUCUGGAGCAUCAGGGCUUAGACUCCCAGGGUCCCAUAUCUAAACUCACCUUCAAGCUGAUCCUGGCCCUGCUUUGCUCCCUGAUUGGAGCAUUUCUAACUUUCCCUGGUCUACGAUUGGCCCAGAUGCACCUAGAUGCACUCAAUCUGACCACAGGCAAAUUUACACAGACUCUGCUGCAUAUCAACUUCCUGUCCCCUCUUAUCAUGGUCCUGCUGUGGGUGAAGCCCCUUACCAAGGACUACAUAAUGAACCCCACUCUGGAAAAGGAGAGUGUGCCUUUGAUGACUGAGGAUACGUAUGAUACAUUGCGGUUAUGGGCCAUCAUACUGAUGUGUAUGCUCCGGCUGGCUAUGAUGAGACAUCAUUUGCAAGCCUACCUCAACCUGGCCCAGAAGGGUGUGGACCAGAUGAAGAAGGAGGCGGGACGGAUAAGUACCGUUGACCUGCAGAAGAUGGUUGCACGUGUUUUUUACUACUUGUGUGUAAUCGCACUACAGUAUGUGGCACCACUGGUGAUGCUGCUGCAUACAACUUUGCUGCUAAAAACCUUAGGUGGACACUCCUGGUGGGUUUAUCCUGAAGAAGACCUGCCUUGCAUCUAUGAAAUGAACUCUGACUCUGUGAUGGGGGCGGCACCUAUAGCAGCCCCAACACCAGCUUCAGUGGUAGAAACGGGAGCCCGGGCAUCAGUAGCCCAGCUGUCGGUGGCCCUGGGAGGCCUGCGGACUGUCUUCAGCCCCUUGCUCUUCCGGGGCCUCUUCUCCUUCUUUACUUGGUGGAUUGCUGCCUGCCUCUUCUCCACCUCCCUCUUUGGCCUCUUCUACCACCAGUAUCUCAUGGCAGCAUAGCAUCCCCAACCCAGCAGUGGCAGCCAGACCCCCCCCCACAGGGCUCCCGUGUGUCGGGCCCGAUCAGAAAGGACCGAGUUGAGGCAACAGAGGCCUGUUGAUGACUCUGCUCCACAACUCCUCCCUCCUCUCUGACCACCUCACAACAAUGACUGACCAUAUCAUCAGAGCUCCUGGUUCAAACUUCCAGUGCUUCCUCCACAGAUGACUCUGUGAACUCUUGUCAUUGUUUUUACUUCAACGACCACUACCUUUUUGUUUUUUAUUAUUAUUUGGAGAGCAAGAUUUUUUAACCUUAAUAACAGACAGACUAAAAGUGUGAGUUAGAAGAAUAUUAAUAUGUGUCAGUGGUGUAUUGGCAUAGUAAUGAUAAAUCGGUCCAGUUUGCUGUGUGAAAUUUUAAUAAUAUGAGGUAAAAUAAUGUAUCUCAGAUGCUGAUUCUAAUUAAUUUUACGUGUUGAAAUGUGGUGUGGCAGUUCUCUUCAGCUCCAGAGUUUUAUUCAUGUUGUUAUAAUUUUCAAUUGAUCUCAUGUAAUGAGUUUAAUUCAUCAACAUCUUCAGAAUCAUGAUGUCUUUUACUCUAAAUGCAGCCUCUUACAGCUUCACGCGUGUCAGCAGGAGUCCGAUUUCAGACUGUUAUAUUGGAAUCCCUUCUUUAUCCAGUGGUCACUAAGGCUUCUUUCAACUAGUAUUGGCAAUACAUUACAUCACAGACUUAUUCAGGAAACACCUCUGGAGUUACUCGGCAUGACUGGGUACAUGCUGUUAGGUUAAAGUUGUAUUGGUUGGUACUUACUGUAACAUUAAGUCAUGCAACCAUGUAUAUUCCAGUGUGAAUCACAGCCCACGAAGGGGCUGAUUUCCCACAGUGAGACAUUGUAAAUAAGCUACAUUUAGGUCACAGAAUAUCAUUGAAUCUGGAGAUGUUCAUGGAGGCUAAUGUGUGACUUCAUAUUAGCCUAAAAUCACCAUAUUUUUUUAUAUUUUUGUAAGUUUUGGGGAGAUUGAUAACUGCCAUACUUGUGUCCCGUGUUUUGUCUUUUGAUCAAAAGUUUAAAAAUAUGUGUGUUGAAACAAAAUAGUCUGUUUUACUCAAAUGUCUAAAUUCCGUUGCCACGGACCACAAAAGUGUCUGAAAUAGUCUUAAAAUAUUGCAGCAAGGACCAAGAGGAGGAGGAGGAGGAGGAGGAGGAGGAGGAAGAGGAGGAGGGAGGGGCAGCCUGUGUGAUAUUCCCAGAAUGGCUGUCAGCUAAACAGGGUCAGAGAGUGGACAACCGAUGAAGAGCUGUACCUGCAGAGGAGGGGAAGAGGAGAUGUUAAACUCGUGGGGAGACAUCUCAUUGACUUGAAGCUGAUGUAUUUAAAUGUUUAAUCUGAGUCGUAACCUCCCUGGUUUUAACUGAGCCAUUUUAGAAGCUAGGAGAGAAUUGUAAGCUCUUUUUUGGAGCAGCAGAGAUGAUUUAAAGGGAGGACAGCACUGAGGGGCUCAGUCGAGAUAUGUGUCUCUGUGUCUGUCUGCAUGUCUAGGAUCUCUGCUGUAGGUCAGCUGAAAGGGCAUUGUGAUCAAGAGGAGAGUGAUGUCAACUACUGUUGAUAAGCUACCGCCUUCAUGUUCUGCUUUCCUUUUUUUUUUUUUUUUUACUUUGAACCCCUCCAUUUGCUUUUAAACUUAUUUGAGAACAAUCGUUUAUUUGUUUUUGUUCUUUUUCUAAUGGAUCAAAGUGUGAAUUUGUAAAAGUUUUGAUUUUUAAAAAUGGUGCCAAGUGAGUGUGUCCCCCUGUCCCCAAUGGCUAUAGAUUUUGGUGUCUGCUAGUGUUUUGAAACUAUAACUGGACUACAACUCUGCGGCCUUCUGUGUUUUCUGUAGAUCCAUCUUAAUAAAGAGGGAAAUCGCAAGCCCUGGUUCACAACAAGACGUAACGGUAUUUACAGUGUUUGCCUACUGUAAUUCUUCGGUGGGUAAAUGUGCGCACAAGCAGUCAAAAAAGGCCAAUAUGAUUGUCCAGUCCAUUCAGGAAUGUAGGGUACGUGACGCCAGAUUAAUCACAGAUUACACAGUCUUGUGGUUCUCUGGUGUUUUCAUUUUGUCAUGAUUUCAUCAUAGAGGUGUAAUUUAUGAAUUGCAGCUCUAUGAGUUUUGUACAGAAUUUUACAAAAUCCAGCAGCACCAUAUCACAUUUUAGCUCCUGAUGUCGAAAGUCUUAGCUUCCGUUUUGUCUGUUUUAAAUGAUGGGGAAUAUGCACAUAAUGAAUGUAUCAAUCCUGCCUAAUUUCUAGAUUGUUUUCAUGAAGAUGAUUUGUAUGGUGAGUUGAUUUAUUCCCCACCACCCCCCCCACCCUCCUGCACUUCCUGAACUCUUUAAUUGUCUACUACAAACUGUUAAAUCUACCUUUCAAACUAAAUCUAAUUUGUCCUAAUGACUAUUUUUGUUGAUUGAUUUAUCUUUGUUUUUGUAUUUAUUACACAUGCCGAGGCCUGUAAAACAUUUCUAAUUUUAACAGCAAACAUUUUAUUUUGUUAUUGGGAGUGCAUGAUGGCUUAAAUCAGUUUUGAAAACGUGUUUGACAAAUCAGUUACAGAUUAACCAUUUUUUUUUAACGGUCUGGUCUGGUCCGUAGCAGGGAUACUUUCAGAAUUCAGUGGCCUGAUGAGGCAGUGUUUCUUCUGUUUGUUACCACUGAAAGUGUUUAUUAUUCAUCAUUGUUGAGUUCACAAAGUAAAUUACACACAUUGUUCUUUCAUGUAUUUAUUUCUGCUUUAGAUUUUGUUUUAAAUAAAUUAUGUUCUUCACUA